AGAAGUAAGGAGCAUGAGCGCCCGCGGCCCUCCGUAGCUUUUCUUCCUUCGCUUCUUCUGGUUUUACUGGAAUCCUGGCUCCCUCUUCAUCCCCUUUCUUCUCCUCAAUCAAUCCUUUAUCUCUUCGGCCUGCGACCUUCUUCUGAUAUCCCUUCUGGAAGCUAAUCCCCGCGUCGUCAGCAUUACGCACUUGCGAUUCAGGAAUGAGGCUCUACUACAUAGCUAUCACAUUCCUCGCCGGCCUUAUCUCGGUCGUGGCUCAAGGCAUGGACAGUCUCCCAGUAUGUGCUAGAGAGUGUGCUACUGGCGCUAUCCCCAAGACCUGUCAGUCUAUUGACGUUGGCUGUAUCUGCGGCACCAAGUCUUUCAUCAGCGAUAUGUCCUGCUGCGUUGCCAAAUCCUGCUCACCUCAGGACGAAAAAGCUGCUCUCGGGUUCACAGUACAGCUUUGCAGUGGUGCUGGUGUGACAGAUCUGCCUAGCAGUGCGAGCUGUGCCAACUCGGUCACUUCGACUAAUGCCACCAGCGCCUCUACCACCACUUCUCCCGUCAACUCCUCCGGUAACAGCACUGCUUCUGCCACUACCACCCUCACAGGCACGAAGACCCAGUCUACAUCAGGAAACACCCAGCCAGUGACCUCCGUCAAGACAAACACUGGAAGUAGCCCUACUGCCACGGGUGGCGGUGUCCCGCUCUCGCCGUAUGCUGACGCUAGUAUCUUUGCGGCCGUCGGCAUGGCUCUCGUUGCAUUUCUUGCCUAGGGAUAAUGUACGUACAUUGACAUAACAAUUUCGAAUGAAGGCUUGGCGGGAUGACUUUGUCAUGGUCCCCCGCCGCCAUCUUCUCGAUGUGAUAUCUGCUUCAAGCACUAGUCUCACGCUGGACUUUCAAGCCUCUGAGAACUGAAUCCGUUUGGCGCAGCCCGAAGGAGGCCAUCAACA